AUGUCUGGAGGAGCCAUUGCAGCAGCAGGGAGGUUCAAGGAGACCAACAAGUCCCAUCUGGGUACAUGUGACCCUGAUACCACGCAUCCCAUUGCCAAGCCGACGUGGCAGGCCUACAUCGACUCGACCUCUGACAGUGUCCGCACCCCUUCUUUCCGUGGCACUUGUUUCGCUGUCAGCGGCAUCGUUGUGCGUGUGUUGCUGACUUGGCGUGUCAUUCGUACCGUGCACUGCUCAAGUACUAGCUACGAGACUCUACUCCCAUUAUUCACAACAAUUUACGCCGCCAGCCUGCUAAAGCCGAUGCAAUCAGGCAAAGCCGUCAGCGACCGAAGCGGCGGUUGGAGGGCCAAGCUGGCCUACGCCCAAUACCCCAUAUUUGCGCUCAUCUGGGCACACGCUUCACGGGUCACCAUCAGGCUGACCUCGUCUUCAGCAGGGGCUAUAUGCCCAGCUGGAUCCCUUCGCUGGGAGCCUUACACGCCCCUCGCCCAGUGCGUUACCGUGCUCGUUGAUGCCAUGCUCGUCACUCAGGUGGCUGAGAGUAGACGACACAUCUCCAACGCAUGGUACCGCACUGCGCACAUUUUGUUAGCCUCAGCCGGGGUGCUAACCUUCCUGGCCAUGUUCUCGUUCUAUCAUCCUCGAAACAUCCGAUGGGCUUUGAUGCUUGACUAUGUGGCUGUACGCGACCUUCUCGUCGAUGGUUCGACUGCUUGUGUCACUCUUCUUACCGGCAUCUAUCUUCUCUCCUGUAUGCACCCGAGCACACUUGCACUCUCCAUGACUGCUGUUGCCACUUACACGCAUCAUCUAGCUCGUACAUUGGCGAGCGCACCAUCGAUCAAUCAGUCUCUGAUGACUGUCGCAGUUAUCAACACUGUUCUCACCCCAGUUAUACUCCUGAGCCUAGAUCCUCGGGCCGCCACCGUCACGGGACUGCCUGCCAGCGAUGUCCGUCUAGUUCGCUUCCUCGCUAGGUCAUACGUUGUCCUCAUGGGUGUCCUCUUUGGGGCCUUUCUCGUGUGUUCUCCAGAUGUAGUGCUGGGCGGCGCCAUCUCCAUACAGGAUCUCAUCAGUGCAGCCAACGUCCGCUCUGACCACUGGGUAGCUCAGGCGAACCGCAGCACAUCUCUCGUGGAAGCGGUGGAAGAAUAUCGUCGGCGUUAUCAGGUGUCGCCGCCACCCAAUUUUGACAAGUGGUACGAGUAUGCGACGAUACAGGAGUCGGUUGUCAUUGAUGACUUUGGCCAGAUCAGCACCGACUUGAAGCCUUUUUGGGGGCGUUCGCCGGCUGCCCUCCGCGAGCAGACGAGGCACAUGCUGUCGUACACGCCAUGGCUCAGCAUGGCAGGUAUCAAGAUCCGAAAUGGCACGGUUAAAAUUAUGCCGGGCGUGCCCGGCUCCCACGCCUGGAUGAUGUCAGCCAUGCGCGAGAUGAUUGAACCAUUUGCACAACACCUUCCCGACUUGGACUUUGUCAUGAACCUCAACGACGAGCCAAGAGUGGCCGUUCCGUAUGAAGUCAUGAAUAAGCUCCAGGCAGAUUCGCGAUUGGCUCGAUCAGAGCUUGCCCUGAGGGAAGAACUACGUCCCUUUGAUGCCUCUCGAACGCCCACGUGGCCCGAGGUCGAGCUGCGAGACAACAUGGAUCCAUCACCCUACUUCACAAACGAGUUGCGCAACCAGAUCUACUACAGUUUUAUAGCGCCUGCAUGCGCACCGGCAUCAGCCGCAAGGAACUGGCGUUGGUGGAGUCGCCGAGACGCUUGUCCCGCCUGUGUUGCACCGCAUACAGCUUCCAUAUUUGAAAGCGCCUCGCGCGUCGUUAUGAACUGGACGAACGCGACAGAUUUAUGCCAUCAACCAGAUCUCGCCUACCUACAUGGAUUCCUCCUGUCGCCAGCUGCAGUUAUGCCGACGAAAAUGGCGUUUCCUGUGUUCAGUCAGACAAAGGCCGAGGGGUUCGCUGACAUCUUGUUGCCUUCGCCUUGGAACUUCAACGAUAAGACCGCAUAUGCCGACGACAAAGGGGUUUUGUGGGAACAGAAGGAGAAUACUCUGUUUUGGCGCGGAUCAGCGUCUGACGGCUAUGCAGCACGCGGGUCCUGGCAGACUUCAUUGCGUGCCCGGCUCGUCCAUGCAGCGUCUCAUCUCCCACCGUUGACGGCGAGCAACCCGGGAUAUGACCAUGAGCUACCAAGGGUCGACAUUGGUUUUGUGGACGAGUUCCAAAAAUGCCACCAAGACGACUGCCGCUCCGAAGAGACAGCAUUCUGGGGGGCUGGCGCCGAAAAGCCUCCCCUUGAGCGAGUUCCGUUCGAGCAGCACUGGCAAUAUCGACACCUGAUGGACCUCGACGGCGCGGGCUUCAGUGGUCGCUUCUUGCCGUUCCUACGGAGUCGGAGUCUUGUCUACCGCACGGGGCUGUUCCGGACGUGGUUCGGGGAGCGGGUACACGCGUGGCGACACUAUGUACCGGUGGACGUGCGCCUGCAUGAGCUCUGGGAUCUGUUGCGUUUCUUUGGCGGGGACAGGGGAGGAGCGGGGCUGGGGCAGAACAUCGCCAUGGAGGGCAGGGCGUGGGCGGCUCAGGCGUUGCGCAAGCAGGACAUGCAAGUGUACAUGUUCCGGCUGUUGCUGGAAUGGGCACGGUUGGUAGACGACCAGAGGGACAGCCUUGGAUAUGUUACAUGA